GGUGGAGGGGGUGGGGGCCGAAGGAAAUGAGACAACCUUUUCCUCCCGCUCGCUCGGGCUCCUCCGGCGUCUGCGGGGCCCGGCGCGGCCGCCCGUGACUCCGACGCUGGACCCCGCGCUCCGGGCGGCUGCCCCGCAGCGCUUCUUCCCCUGGUGGCGCCCGGUCCGGCCUCGGGGUCCCUCCGGAAGUGCGCGCCCCCGCCCAGAGCCUGAGAAGCAACUGGGGUCAAACGCCUUUCAGAACCACUGCUACCUGACACCAACACCAUCAGGGAUGAACUGUUCUCACCUCCUUUGCUCCUGACAGUUCGCUUCUCCCCAGAAGAGGGUCCUGUGGAAGCAUCUCCAGGAGGCCUCCCCCGGGCGCCGCGUCCAGGCUGCCCGCCAGCUGCUGCCCAGAGCCGCCGCGGGGACCCGGGAGUGUGAGGACAUGGCUUUGCUCAGCAACAUCCUCGCUGCCUAUUCGUUUGUCUCAGAAAACCCCGAGCGAGUGGCCCUGUACUUCGUGUCCGGCGUGUGCAUCGGGCUGGUCCUCACCCUAGCGGCCUUGGUGAUGAAAAUCUCUUGCCAAACGGACUGCCGGCGGCGCCGCAGGAAGAAGUUCCUGCAGGACGGCGAGAGCAGCAGCGACAGCAGCGACAGCGAGGACGGCAGCUCGGACACGGCGUCGGACAUCUCGGUGCGCAGACACCGCCGCUUCGAGCGGACUCUGAACAAGAACGUCUUCACGUCGGCCGAGGAGCUGGAGCGCGCGCAGCGCUUGGAGGAGCGGGAGCGCAUCAUCAGGGAGAUCUGGAUGAACGGGCAGCCCGAGGUGCCGGGGACCAGGAGUUUAAACCGCUACUACUAGGGCAAGGGAGGCACCAGAGGUAAACCCGGUUCUGGGAUUAUAAUCUGGGAUUAUCAUCGCGACAGAGGUAACGCAGGGCUUGCUCAUUCUAGCUCCAAGGACUCAUUUCUCCUUUUGGAUGACAUUCCGGGGGGAGUAGAAGAACCAAGGUGGAUCGUCAACCUUUCCAGGUCUUGGAAAGCAGGUGCUGAAAACCCCUCUCCAACAACGUGGAUGGAGACUAGAGAGAAACGGGACUGCGGAUUCUCUCGAUUUCUGAGGAUCUCAGAAGUUUCUGCAAACGUCGUUGCUAUGUUACUCCUUUACAAAAGGAAAAGAUUACACGGCCCCAGGGCUAAGAAUAGCUGGGUGAAUUUCACCCAGUAAAGUCAGUUUCCUAAAUGACUCCAAAAUAAUGGAGCUGAUUUCCAAUCCAGAUAGCUUGACCCAGACUAAUCUUAUUUAAAGCAGAUUUUUCAAAGCUUGUGUUGCAGUGGACAACUGGGUCCUUUUUAACUGGCACCUCAGGGAUUAAAAUCCUGUCUUUUAGUGUAGUUUCCACCUCAUUUAUGAAAAUGAAUUAUUGUAUUGUAGAAAACGUGUCGGUGAACUAGAAAACAUUGAUAACCUCAAAGGAUGAAGGGUUUUAUUUGAAAUAGUUUAUAAAGAUAUAUUAACAUGAAUGCACAAGAACAAAAGCUGUGGGGUGUCUUCUCUGUGGGGGAGAAGAAGGUUUUGUUGUGACUCUGGGUGAACAUAACUGCAAACAUGUUUUAUGUUAUAAAACAAACAUUUGGAUUCCCAAGAAAACACGGGUCCUGGGAGAUAGAGAAUAAAGCCCAAAUUAGGGCGGAAUUUUAAAAAACAAAUAAAGUUGGCAUAAGCUCA